AGCCGAGUAUAUGGGCUUAGCUUUGACUAGGGCCGGUACAACCCAAGUCCAAACAAUUUGGAGUUUAGGCCCAUGGCGAAUUUGGAGCAAUUAUUAAGUAGGCUGGGCCAAUCCAGUCCGGCCCAUAAUGAGAUUUGACUUUGAAUUUCAUGGUUAAAUUAAAUAGAGCAAUAAAUAUGAAAAUGAGAGACGAAAUUUCGGAAGUCGCCGUCUUGAGAGUUAUGGGUUAUGGUUAUGGCGUCGGGUUGAUCCAUGUAUCUUAGAUCUUGAUCUUGGAUCCAAAUUCCAAACAACGCGGUUUCUCUUUCUCUUUUGAACAAUUCUGUCUAAAAAUUCAACUCCUCAAGGUUAGCCCCACAUCUGUAACGAACCAAUUUCCCCAAUUUCCAUUCCCCAAAGCUCCACGAACUCGUUUCUGCGGAUCUUGUCGAAUCGUCUGAACCCCAUGGCUUCCAUCCAAUCCGACCAGCUCAAGCAGCUGCAAGACAUUUUCAGGCGCUUCGACAUGAACUCCGAUGGCAGCCUCACGCAGCUCGAGCUCGGGGCGCUCCUCCGCUCCCUUGGAAUCAAGCCCUCCGGCGACCAGCUCCACUCUCUCCUCUCCAACAUGGAUUCCAACGGCAACGGCUCCAUCGAAUUCGAGGAACUGGUCAAUGCCAUUCUCCCCGAUAUGAACGACGAUAUCCUCGUCAAUCAAGAACAGUUGUUGGAGGUUUUCAGAUCUUUCGAUCGCGACGGCAAUGGCUACAUCACCGCCUCCGAGCUCGCCGGUUCCAUGGCCAAGAUGGGCCAACCUCUUUCCUACCGCGAGCUCUCCGAGAUGAUGCGACUCGCCGACAUCGACGGCGACGGCGUAAUUAGCUUCAACGAAUUCACCACCGUCAUGGCCAAAUCCGCCGCCGAUUUCCUCGGCCUUACGUUUGCGUAGAUCCACUUCAUUGACCGUUUAAUUUCCCUUAGAUGUACAUAAAUAUGAUAUAAUAACCGUCUGAUUCUAGUCUCUGCCCUAAAGAAGAAGAAGAAGAAGAAGAAAAAUCAUCCGAUUCCAGUCGCCCGCUCUUCGUUUCUGGUAAUUAAUUUCUUCACGGUACCACCAAAUUCAAAGAGCGUUCGUUAGAGAGAGAGAAUCAAUUGCAGCUGUACUCAUAAACUCUCCAUUUAAAAUUCCAACUUGCUUCCUGUUCUUGUAUUUCCCCGAUCUUAUUCUUAUAUACAAGUUCUUAAUAUUUGUGUUGCUUUUUUUAA